CAUAACAUGUGCGCGGGAAAAUGGUGUUACAACCGUGACAAUGCAUUAGUUCGGAAGCAGGCCUAAUGAUUUUAUGACGUAGUUUUAUUAUACAGAUCAUAUUCUAACAAGUUUUAUGAAAAAUGUCGGUCAACAGGGAAAGGAAGAGAAGAAAGGAAAGUGGAUUGAGAAGGAUAUUUGAGCGUUCAUUGAAAGAGCUGAAGACAAAAGUACACGUGGAUGAAGAGGAACAACCGACUUCCUCUGUACAUUCAGACAACACUCUCCAAAUGGAAUCGAUCCCUAACACAUUGCAGAAGAGCAGUGGUAAAAAAGAGGAAGAUACAAAUGCUGCAAAACAAAGAGAAGGACAGGAAAAUGCCCCAGUAAUGCUAAAACAGAAGGAGGCAUAUUCAGCUGCAAACAAUGAACAGAAAAUAAAUGAAAAUUUGAAGAAGUCUGAGGAGAUUCAAGGAGAUUCAGCAGUUUCUUAUAACUUGAAUAAUUGUAACAGUAAUUUGAAAGUAGGUGAACAUAUUUUAACUUAUUGCAAGAAGAAAGGAGAUUUUAACUCUCAAGUGAUGGAGGAUGAGAAAAAUAAAAUUGACUAUCAGAGUGUUAAAGCAUUAUCCAGGAACAAAGAUAAACAAGAAAGUGAAAUACAUAGGGGGUCCAAGAACAAAGAUAAUCAAGAAAGUGAAAUACAUAGGGGAUCCAAGAACAAAGAUAAUCAAGAAAGUGAAAUACAUAGGGGGUCCAAGAACAAAGAUAAUCAAGAAAGUGAAAUACAAAGGAGGUCAAAGAACAAAGAUAAUCAAGAAAGUGAAAUACAAAGAGGGAUGAAACUAAGACAUAGCCCCAGAAGGAAGGAGACCAAGAGUGACAGGAGAGAAAUUUACCCAUUUUAUAAAGCCAGGGAAAGCGAAAAUAAAGGUCCAACUAGUAAGCAUGCAGAGAGAAGAAGGCAUAGGGUUGAAGAUAAAUUUCUUGGAAGGUCUAAGGGAAAAGAAAAAGAAUCUGCAUGCAAGUCAGUGGAGAAAAAAGAAACCCCUAGAUCAUUGAAUGCUGAGUGGAAUAAAAAUCAACGUAGUGAAAGGAAGGGGUUUGGUACUCCAAGAAUAUGCGGAGAAGAUUGGAUGUCUGAGCUCAUUGAUGUUCCUAAUGUACAACCAACAAAAAUUAUCAUCCCCAAUACUGAAGUUGUAAAAGAAAAUACAAAGCUUAAAGAAUGCUCCCCAACACUAGGACUAAUACAUCAAUGUUCAAAGGAUGAGGAAUGCUCUCCAGCGACAAGACAAAUACAUCACAGUGGUGAUGAACACGAUCACACUAAAUGUAUGUCUGUAUCAAUGAAUGAUACUUAUGACAACAUCUGUGACAGAUAUGAGAAAACCAUUUCUGAUUCAAAAUCUCAAACAAAUGCAAAUAUUAGAAAAAAUGAUGAUAUGGAUAAAAGUGUAAUUAUGCCAUCAAAAACUACUGAUAUUCACGAGGAAGAACUCUGGGAAUGUCAAGAGGUACCAAGUGCAACAGAAAAUAUUUUGAAAGAAGAUAAGUUUUGUGAUGAUGAUUUGAGAAAGACAGAAAGUAUGUUGGAAACUAUUAAGGAAGAGAAUGAAUCUUCAUACAAAGAGACAGGCAUUAAACAUAUAAUGGAUAAAAGAUUUAAUGUUCAAGACACAGAGAAGUCAGUUUCUGAGAAUGAAGCAGUAAAGGAUGAUAAACAGAGGAAUAGUGAUGAUAUAGUGGUGAUCAGGAAGGAAGAUCAGGAGAAAGUCUCUUCACAAGAUUGUAAUGAGGAUUGGAUGGCUACAGAGGGUGAUCCUCAUACAAAGAAAUGUUUGGAGGAUGUUGAUAACGUGGAGGCAGCUGACAUUUUAGGUAACUCUGAAGAAACCCUAUCCUUUGAAGGUGAAGAUAAUUCCUGUGCACAGGAUCACAAGGACCCAGAUGAUAGCCCAGCAACAGGAAACUCUUCAUCAUUGUUCUCUGAAUCAAAUGUAUCUUCUGUAGAAGAAUGGAGUAGGGACAUUCAGGAUCAAGAAGAUUUCUCCAACACAUACCAUAUUUUAUUACAUGAUAAAAUCGCUGCUUUAAAAAACAGAAUUCCUACGAGUUCACAAUCACUUCACAGACGACAAGUAGGGGGAUUUAGAUGUAGAGGUAAACACAGACAAAGUCCAAGUCCCUUCCAAACAUAUCUGAAGACCAUUCUCCCAGGGGAUGAAACAAGUACAUGUAUUGAGCAAGAAAAUAGUGUCAAAUUUAAAGAGGAAGACCUCAAAGACAGUUGUACAGGAGUGAUUGACAAAAAGCAGGUUGAUUUAAGUAGAAAAGAUUUCAUUGAACAAAAGACUGAGGAAAGCUAUUCUUCCUCAGUAUGCACCAAAAGAGAUCUAAAGUCUAAAUGUAAGUGGCCCACUGCCAGGCAACCCCCAGGAUUCCUAACCAGGACUCCUUCCCUACCCAUGAUGGAGUCUGGACCGGUUUCAUCAUCAGUUGCUUCAUUUGAUGGAAAGAUGGUAGACAGUAGAAAAACAUUAGAACUGUGUGAAAAACUAAAUGAAUAUGCUAGUAUGUCGGUUAGAGACCAGGAAUCCGAAGAGAAAAUGAAAAUAUCUGGUUUGUCAGCUUCUUUCUAUGGAGAUGAAGUGCAUGCCACUUCAGCUGAUGUUAAGAAAGAUGUAAGUGAAAUUGAUGAUCUUGUCAGUGGAGGUGAAAACUGGGAGGACAGUACAUUGGAUGCAGAGAAUAUGGAGUCCCUCAGUUUAAAGAAUCAACUUGCUACUGAAGCCAUGGUUCCAAAUGACACAGUUAUUGUAAGCAAAUUUCCUGAAGAAUCAGGUCCUGAACAAUGGGUUCCAGAAGACCAAGAAGCCUUUACUUCUGGCACAGAAAGUCUGGGUAUUCAGCAUCCUUCUAAUAGUCUGUGUAAUUCUCAGAAUACGCUGAGUGGAAUACCAACAAUAUCAGAGUAUGAAACCAGUGUGAAGGAUGGGGAUUUAGACUCUCAGUAUGAGGAUUCCAUAGAAGAUGGAUUUCAUAAAAAUUCCUCCCAGGGUGUUACUGCACAGAGUGAAAGUGAUGAUAGUUUAUCAAUGUACAACAGAAGCACCAAACAGAAUUUGGAGGAAAGUUUGCAAAACACUGAUGUCAAAAUGGAAGGAAGCAAAGAUCUGUCGCCAAGGAAUAGGAAGACUGUUCACAAGGGUGUAGCGAAUUAUAGAAAUGGAUUGAAUUGUGAAUGCCCUGCAGAAUGUGUUCAGUUCUGGAUGUGGAGAAACUGUUUGUGUCAGGCUCCAUACUUGUGCAGCAUAGAGACUGAAACAAAUGAACAUCCAUCAAGAAACUGUGAAUUAAACAGAGCAUAUGUUUACCCAGUUGACCAGAACAACAAUCCACCAGCUUCUGUUGGAAAUUUAAAAGUGAAUAUUGAUGAAUCUGUCUUGAAGAAAUGGAGACUGGCUGGCUUUUGGUCAGAUGCCCCUGUACAUCAUUCUGCAGAUGAGAAAGGAAAAAGACCCAGAUCUACUGCAGCUGAGUCCAGAAAGCAGGAGGGUGGAAAACAUAGCAGUAGAAAAGUUACAGAUCGGCAAAAAACUCCCAAUAUAGGAAAUAAGAAAUGCACUCAGUACAGUAGAGCAAGACAGUUAGGGACAGCCAGUUCUGUAGCAAUGUCAGACAGAAAAUUAGAAGCUUCUACAGACAUUGUGCAGGAUGACAGCAGUAAUGAUGUUGGUAGUGAGGUGUUGGUGAUGGCUGAUGGAGACUCGGGUGAUGAAUAUGUAGUGGAGAAGGUGGACAGGCCAAUCAGUGAAGAUGUAGAUGACUUGUCAGAAUCAGAUGUCAGAGAAGAUCAGGAAAAUCCUCUACACAGCCAUUACCUGGCAUCCUUCCCUCCUGGUCAAUCCCAGAAUUACUUGGCUUACCCUCCAAGCUAUGGAUACUGUUCCCCAUAUCCACCAGGCUAUCCAGGGUCACCUGUUGCUGUACGACCAGGAUACCCAACCUCUUAUCCAGAGCUUUAUUAUCCUUUUCCUCAUCCAUACAUCAAUGGUGGAUUCAGCAGACAGCCCUACAUGGAUGGACAGAUGUGCCCAGACCAUCCGGGAUAUCCUCCCCCAAUGUCUCAUCCUUACCACAUGAUGUUUAAUGGGUGGAGGGAGAUGAGCUUGCAUUAUGAAGAACCUUACCGAGGUUCUACUACAAGAUGCAGGUAUCCCUCAUCAUGUGUUACAAAUGAAGGUCAAGAGAGGAGCAGAAGAGAGUCAGAAUCUUAUGAAUCAUAUCAUGGAGAUGGAGGGCAUAGUGAUGUAGCAGAAGAUGAAAGUCAUCACCAUUUUGUUCUUGAUGGUCCUCAUCUCACCAGGAAAAAGACUGAGGAUAAAAUUGGCAGAAGCUGUGAUAAAUCUACUGCUGCUGAAGAGUCAUCAAAGAAAAAUGUAUACAUUCCACCUCACAAGAGAAUUCCAUGCAUGAGUGGGUAUUAUAUCGAUAGGGAAAGCAGACCAACCACCAAUGGAGCUCCAAGUUCUCCUUCAUAUCUGUAUACAAAUUCUGAACCAUCAUCAAGAUCCUGGAGAGAUGAUAGAAAUCGACUGGACUGUUCAUCAAAUCAUGGACGUAGUGAAAUGGAACAUGGGAGAUCACAGGAGAAUAUAUUGAUAUGGCCCAUGCCUUGGGAAUAUUAUUCCAGUGUACAAAACAUGAGGGGAAACCAUAGUUCUUUUUAUCAUGGAUGGCAUCAACAAGGUGGCUUAGGACCAACUUCCCAUACAGAAACCACUGGGAAUAUCAAGGCCUCGGAAGAAGAGGAACUUCCAGGCUGUGAUAUAUCGUUGCCUCCCAGCUCAACGGAUUCCACCCCAACAUCUAGGCCACCCAGAUUUAGUAGACUAAAGCAGGAAAAGGACACAAAUCUUGUCACAUUAGACUGGAAGUCUGCAUUUCUAGAGCGAUGUGAUUCCUAUGGUGUGGGCUACUUGGAUUCACACUGUCACAUUGAUUUUCUUUUUAACCGGCUAGAUUUUAAGGGCAAGUGGUCUGAUUUUCAAGCACAGAACAUGGAUACAUUCCCUCCCAGUUACCUUGGAUGUGUGGCAGUCUUCUGUAAUCCAAACUCUUUCAAGCAAGAUGGACUAUGGAAGAGCUUAAGUAAAGAAUGCAAUGUUUGGCUGACAUUUGGAUGUCAUCCCAAGAAUGCCCGAGACUUCAGUAGAUGGAAUGAAGAAGGACUGAGGCGGUGUCUGAGGAAUGACAGGGUGGUGGCCUUAGGAGAAAUUGGCUUGGACUAUUCUGGAGGAUUUGUUGAGACUAAAGAAAUGCAAAAAUCUGUGUUCAAAAGGCAGAUCAGAAUAGCUCUGAACAUGAAGAAACCUCUGGUGAUCCAUUGUAGGGAUGCAGAAAAAGACUGCCUGGAUAUUCUUAAACAGAUGUUACCAAGAGACUACAAACUGCACUGCCAUUGCUUCACUGGGGACUUCACGUCUGCUAAGCUUUGGCUGGACCACUUCCCCAAUCUCUACAUAGGACUGACCCCAUUGGUCACCUACCGAACAGCUACAGGGGCUCGUGAUGUUGCCAAGUUUAUCUCUCUGGGGAGACUGCUACUUGAGAGUGAUGCUCCCUACUUUGUUCCAAAGACUAUUCCCAAGGAAGCCAUGCAUUACUCCCAUCCCGGUCUCUGUGUGACAGUGGCGGAGGAGGUGGCUCGACUGAAGAACAUCUCGGUGCAGGCUGUCCUGGAGGCAUGCUUAGAAAAUACUAAAGACAUGUAUGGGAUCUGAAAAACACAAUGUGGCAAACAAUUAACUCUAAAUGUAGUAUGUGUUCAUGAUGCUUUGAAACUUAUCCUCUGUUUUGAAAUUCUAGUCAAGACCAUCCAACUUUUUGUCUUUUAAUGAGAUUAAUAAAUCUGUGAAGUUGU